AUGGAGAGCGAUACUGUAAACUGUACUUGUGAUUGCGAUCACGACCGCGAAUACGCCACUCAGAAUACAGAAGAGAAGACGACUUCAACAAAAGAAGACAAUGAAGCAACAAGAGAGGACAGAGAUAAAGAAGGGGACGAUAAGAACAAUCAAGCCAAUAACAAGAGUGAGAUUAUUCCGGCUACGAGUAAUAGCGUUGUAGCCGAGACAUCCACUAGCAACAGCAACAGCAACAGCAACAGCACCACCACCAAGAACAUCGACGACAGCAAAGACAGUAAUCGCGUUGAAGCCAGCAGUGUUCCAGAUACGGCAGAUGGACAUGGAGACGUAGUGGACCUACACCCCACCGCGCUAGAGACCUACGAUAUGAACAGAGCCUUACGCGGCAUAGACGUCGGUAUAGAUGUUAGUCUAUUUCAGGGCGACAAUAACGGAGAUGCUGCCGCCGAUUCUGAUCGUGCUGUUGUUAGUACUGCUACUAACACGCCUAUUACAAGUGGUACUACUGCAACGGCAGAUGCCGUCGCCCAUUCUGAUGCUAUUACUACUACUGCUACUACUACUACUGCUAAUAUUAAUUCUACUAUUCGUAAUACUAUUACAACGACUUCAGCAACAGUAACAGAAGUAUCAACCACAGCAACUACACCACCACCAUCACCAUCCGAUAUCGAUACGAACAUGGAUGCCGCCUCAGCCGCAGCCGCAGUCAAGAAAUCUAGUAUUCCGACUGAUACUGUAACUUGUGCUAUCGGAGAUGAUACAAGUACUGUUGUCACCACACCACCACGAUCACCAUCCGGUAUCGACACGAAGACGGGUACGGUCGCAGCCACAGCCGCUAUCGCUACCGAGACCAAGAUGACCGAGGUUCCUGCCGUUACUGUGACUUCUCCCGAUGGAAACACCAAUGACGGUACAACUGCCAAUGAGAAUACCAACGCCGAUAGUGCUGCAAAGACUCAUAAUGUCGCAUCACAGGAAGAGCUAUCAUCAUCAGCGGUAAAACCGAAACCUUCCUGCUUGUUGGACCCAUCCGAUAUAAUAGAAAAAAACAAGCAUGGAAAUAAAGAGAUUAAGUCGAAACCAUCACCGCCGACAGAAAGAAACUGUUCGCCACUACCACCACCACCACCAUCACCACUACCACCACCAGCAUCGAUACCGGCAUCAAAGCCAUCGCCACUGUCACCAACAAAGCCACCGCAGUCGCUGGAUGAAGAAGAAGACAAUGCGGAAAAGAAAAAUACGCCACCACCAGAUCCUAGCGGAAACACAGACACGGAAGAAAUGUGGGCAAUAGAAACACCGAUGGAGGAGGAGAAGGAGAAGAAGGUCGUUGUAGGUAAGAAACGCAAGGCCCCUGUAACAAUCGCUAAAGCGAGACUGAUAAAACGUAUAUAUAAAAUCCAGGACAAGAAGAUGUAA